GGAACCACUAGGUGAUAGGCAACAUUGCUGUAUAACCAUCAAAAGUGGUUACUUUUUGAACAGACGUGGACCCAGUUAUCUCUCAAAAGGGUGCCUGACCAACUGUGGUGGUCCUCUAACAAGAGGGCUAUCGAAAUGGCACUUGCUUUAUUGCUAUGAUCUUUUCCCAGUUCCCUUAUUCCUCCACAGUGAGGACCAAACUUUCCCCUUUCCUGACAUGACUUGGCAACCCCUCUCCCAAGGUCAGUGAAUUGGCCUCAUUUUGACUGGAGAGGUCACGAUUUGGACUGUCCCAGAGGAAGUUGGCUUGAGACUAGACAGGGUUCCAGUCUCUCAGGCUGGGAUGCUUACCCCCAUGAGUGGUGGUCCAAGGGGUAGCUGAGGGUGUGUGUACACUUCAGCUUUUUUCCUGUGGGGUACUGAGCUUGGAGAUCAGGUGCCUCUGGGACUGUUCCCUCUGCAGGCCAACAGGAUCAUGUGGUACGUCAGCACUAGGGGAAUGGCCCCACGGGUCGACUUUGAGGGGGCCCUCUUCUCUGGCUAUGCUCCCGAUGGCGGUCUCUUCAUGCCCAAGGAGCUCCCACAGUUGGGCAUAGAGACCCUGCGUCAGUGGAGUUCGCUCUCCUACCCCAGUCUGGUAAAGGAGCUGUGCACCCUCUUCAUUGGUCCUGAGCUCAUUCCACGAGAUGUCUUAAACGAUCUGAUCGACCGAGCCUUCCACAGAUUCCGUCACAGAGAGGUGGUCCAUCUGUCCAGACUGAGGAACGGGCUGAACGUGUUGGAGUUGUGGCAUGGGGUCACAUACGCAUUUAAGGACUUGGCCCUGGGCUGCACAGCACAGUUCCUGCAGUACUUUCUGGAGAAGAAGGAGAAGCACGUCACCGUGGUUGUAGGAACAUCUGGGGACACAGGCAGUGCUGCCAUUGAGAGUGUUCAAGGAGCAAAGAACGUGGACAUCAUCGUUCUGCUUCCCCAGGGUCACUGCACGAAGAUCCAAGAGCUCCAGAUGACCACGGUGCUGAGGGAGAACGUCCAUGUGUUCGGAGCCGGGUGCCUUGCUCAGAAGAUGGGCCUGCCCAUCCGCCUGGUCGUGGCUGUGAACCGCAAUGACAUCAUCCACAGGACCGUGCAGCGGGGAGACUUCUCUCUGUCCAAGGCUGUCGAACUGACCUUGGCUUCAGCUAUGGACAUUCAGGUGCCCUACAACAUGGAGAGGAUCUUCUGGCUGCUGUCGGGCUCUGACAACCAGGGGACGAGAGCCCUCAUGGAGCAGUUUGAAAGGACCCAAAGCACGAGUUUACCCAAGGAACUGCAUGACAAGCUUUCAGAGGCCAUGACGUCUGAGUCAGUGUCGGAUGAGGCCAUCACCCGGACCAUGAGUCGAUGUUGGGAAGAGAACCAGUACCUGCUGUGCCCUCACUCGGCUGUGGCCGUGAGUUACCAUUACCAGCAGACCGACCGGCAGCAGCCCAGCCUUCCCCGGUGCUGUCUGGCCCCCGCCUCUGCAGCCAAGUUCCCAGAAGCUGUCCUGGCUGCCGGGCUGACCCCAGAGACCCCCGCGGAGAUCCUGGCCCUGGAGUUCAAGGAGACGCGCUGCACCCCGAUGCGGAAGGGUGACGACUGGACGCUAAUGCUUCGGAACACCAUUGAGGGCCUGAGCUGGCAGCAAAGGGCUCAUUCCUGAGUGCUCCGGAAUAGCCGGGCUGGAUUUGAUUUGAGUCAAGUUGCUCUGUUGCUCUUGUAUCAGGGUCCCCUGUUCUGUGAACCCAGGGUGGAUGUCAUGGCACCACUAAAUAAAGUCGAAGUGCCUCCA